GGACACCACAACUUCACUGGCCGGCAGCAGCGACUCGUGCACUGCAUGCGAAUAUCCUCGACUCGGACAGCGUGUCGUGGCCUCUCCAUCUGUCGCCUUGCACGUACUCUCGAGACUCGCGAUCCAGACAGGCAGACCUUUGGUUGCAUCCUUUCAUUCUAUUCGUUUGCUUUGCUGCCUCCCUAUCUGCCGACCAUCUCUGUGCAUCGCAACGCAGCCUCAUCACCCUCGCUACUCUCUACCUUGCCACUGUCGCCCGACCAACACAUCGAACUCCGUCAUCCUCCCGCCACACGGCACGCGAUACACUCACCCGACUGACGACCUGCUACCUAACCUGUCGAUCGCUGCGCGGCCUCAACAACACGAAGACUCACAUACACAUACACCCAGCACACCCUCCGUCUGUUUCCUCUCACCACCAUCCUUCAACGAACUGACAGCAGACCUCCGCUUCAUAUUGCCCUGACAGCAAGCCGCACGGCGCCUCUUUCAAUUCCCACCAGCCGGUCUUACCAUCUUGGACCACCACUAUCACAGAGGAUUGCGAACACAACGGCAUCUGAGACCCCCUCAUCAGAGAGCGACAUUGCUGGACCUUUUAUCCCACUGACCACCGCAAACGAUAUUCAGCUUCCGCUACCUUCCGCAGCAGCUCUCCUCCCCGUCGCUCUUGCCCUCGAGUCGCGCGUAUAUGUUGCAACGUGCUUGGUGAACAUAUUGGUACCGUACUGGGAAUUGAUCUACUCAGCGAACUUGGUGGUUUCGCACAUUUUCUAGAAGGAGACCGUGUCUCACUGGGAACCAAAUACAUGGCCGAUUGCCGGGGGAAGGGCUGAGUAGGGUGUUGAUUUGAACCAAACUGGUCGCAGACCCCAGCCAUGAUGGCAACAUACUCUCCUCACCAUGAGGAGCGAGAAGCUGCCCAUCUACACUCACCCAAGAGCAUUUCACAUUUCGAUCCUCACUCCGCCAUCCGUGAAAUACGGCGCUCAUUAUCACGCUCGCCUUCGAAGGGCUCAGAACUUCGCCAAUACCCGUUCCGAUCACCAGGCUCCGGUACUCUUCCUUUCUCCCCUUCGCCGCUCUCUCCAUCACGAAAGUCAACCUCUGAAAACCUCCUUCAAAUCGCCAAUAUGGUGUCGCCGCAUUCAAACCGGGCAUCUCAGGGAACUCGAUUCCAACGGCCCAUUCUACGACGCACUGCCCAACCCAACGGGAUCACCCGCAUCCGAACCUCGCCAAAAAGCCCCUCAAAGCGAGUCCUCGCUGACUCGAGCGAUAGUGGGAACGCAUCACCCAUGCCGCUGCGGAAGAGGAGCUCGGGAGAAGGUGAGCGCGAGGCGGCCCUUAAUGCCUUGACGAGCGGAGAGGCCAAGGAAAAUGAUUGGUCUCAAAAUGAUACGCUCACCAGAAAGGUCACCCAAACUCGUCAGGAGAAGAGACGCAGUGGUGGAGCGUUGAUCGCAGAUGUUGCUCCUCUCAGUCCGAUGAAACGAUCUGAUGGUCCUCGAAUGGACGAUACUCCGGGGCUCGAGAGUCCUUCAGCAAAGAGGCGGAGUGUUCACGGUGCCGGUCUCGACUUUAGCAUAUUCGAAUCCGAUGGCCCGGAUGGCGGAAUGUUCAACGACAAACGCUCGCAAGACGACAAUGAUUGGUUUGGUAACGUCACACCUUUGCCCUCAUCGCGUUUUUCUACGAUCCCCAAACGAUCAUCAUCUUUGCGUAAAUCUACGCUGCAGCAGCGACAGCUGGAUCGUCCCAGCAACAUGAAACUCAACAGCAUCAUGGACUGGGACAAGUCGUGGCCGGAAGCAACACCGACCACAAAUUCCAAGAAGGGGUUGCGUCUCUCGCUUGACAACCAUCUCCAGCCACUGCCACGAGACAGCCCUUUCUCGAGCCAGGGUAGCCUGCUCAAUGCCUCGAUCCAUCCAAUUACUUCGAGCCAAAACAGCAUCUCACAGCAGCCGCCUCGACAUCCGUUGUCGCGCACCUUGACUCAGUCAUCAUCACAGCCGAGCGAGCAAGAUGACUCGCCCACCCAUGAACCCAUACAUCGACACAAUCGUCCCCUUUCCCACGACUUCUCCAAAUCUUUGCCUAUUGGCGCAUCAAGACCGGAAUCUUUUUCUGAGCAGAAUGAAUUCUCCUCUCAGGGCUCGUUUGCGACUCCAGGAAACUACAAAGCGGCGAAGCCUCUGCCUGCUGCUUUCAUGUCCACAGGUUUAAUCUCAAAGAAAAACCGUAAUGUCGACGAUCCUAAUGCCGGCCUGCCGAAAGCUCAUAUGCCCGAUACUCCUUGCAAGAAGCAACCGGUGAUCUUCCAGCCGAACGAAAAGUUCGCCGCGCCCAAUGCUGUAGCCGAUCGUGCGCCUCGACAAUCGUUUGGAGCAUCCAACACUCCAAUGGAUGCGCCUCAUGGGUUUUCGAAGAUCUCGGCCUUCCCAUUUGCAAAAAGUGUGGGGAUAUUCGGCGCUCGUUCAAGCAAACACAACUUGCUUAGGGAAGGAAGCUUCGCAUCCAUCGGAGGCGACGAGAAGACCGUCUCGCGCUCUCCCUUGAGCCGCGCCAAUAGUCAAUCGACCGAGUCCACCGAUUACCCCCCUACACCAACCAAGCAUACCACGGAGCCGGCAGGCCGUGGCUCUGUUUCGCCAUCGCCACACAACUCCGGACUAUCCAUCAACCCAGUGGCUGCGCGUUCAGCGUACGGCACUGGAAAAGGAAGCAUUAGCCCAAGAUUAGACAGGUUCGACCGAGCGUCUCCCCAUACACCCCUCGAAAACUUCUUCCCACCGGAUCCAAGUGGCUUGUCUAUUUCCGGACGUGUUGAGCGGCCGGUGACUCGACAUGGACAUGAAGCGGCGGCAUCAAUUGUGCCCGCCACGCCAACAGGCCCGAGGGAAUACUUUACCAAUUUCUCCAACAGGCCUAGCUUGAAUCUGGCUUCAGCUGAGGCGUCGAAUGUUGAUAACAGCCUGACAUCCAGGUUUGAGAAGGUCGAUCUUAUUGGCUCUGGAGAAUUUUCGCAGGUGUACCGAGUAUCACAACCACCCGAAGUGUCGCCUUACCACAAAAUCUACUCGAUGUCGACAAGCCGUCCCUCGUCCAGAGGGUCGGUACCCGAAAAGGUCUGGGCAGUCAAAAGGUCGCGGUAUCCCUACACUGGAGCGAGGGAUCGUCAGAGGAAGAUACACGAGGUGGAUGUCCUCAAAGCCUUGGGUCACUCGGACCACGUUGUGACAUUCGUGGACAGUUGGGAAGAGCAGGGUCAUCUGUACAUCCAGACCGAGUUCUGCGAAGAAGGUACUUUGGACGUGUUCCUCGCUCAGGUGGGCCUGAAGGCACGACUGGACGAUUUCCGCAUCUGGAAAAUCCUGCUCGAGCUCUCAAUGGGCUUGAAGCAUAUCCAUGACUGCGGAUAUAUCCACCUCGACCUUAAACCGGCAAAUGUACUCAUCACAUUCGAGGGUGUCCUCAAGAUUGCGGAUUUUGGAAUGGCGACUCGAUGGCCGGCAAGCGCAGGAAUCGAGGGAGAAGGCGACCGUGAAUACAUUGGACCAGAAGUAUUGAUGGGUCGAUACGACAAGCCAGCGGAUAUCUUUGCUCUCGGGCUCAUCAUGCUGGAAACAGCCGGCAAUGUCGAGCUCCCUGACAACGGUGUGUCAUGGCAGAAGUUACGGAACGGCGACAUGAGCGAUGUUCCGAGCUUGACAUGGAGUUCCGGGACCAGUGGCAUCCUCCGAGACUCCUCGGGAAACCCGAUAUCUCCAAACGCUUCUCUGGACGCCAAAGACCAGGUGUCCUAUCCUCAGGAUGUUGAGGUCAUUGAGAGCGAGCAGACCGACGAUACUGCCACUCAGCAUGAUGGCAAAACUCUGGACCAUCCCCGAAGCGGGGAGUUGAUCAGUCCACCACAGUUCAUGGUGGACCCAUCGCACGAAUCGGCAUUGGACCGGAUAGUGCGGUGGAUGAUAUCUCCAGAUCCCAAUGAUCGUCCAGUGGCAAGCGAUUUGCUCAACACAGAAGGGGUCCGGUGGGCGGAGGCAAGACGGCGGGCCGGUGCCACAGUGUUUGAGGGCAAUUGGGGACCUGCAGACGAAAUUCUGGCCGAAGACGCCGAAAUGAUUGAUGUGUGAACCAUCUAGGCAUUGUGGUUUUGACGCCUGGAUAGGAAGACUUGAAAGAAAGAGGUCUUGGAUAUCCCCAUACUGGUGCGGGAAGUGCAUCAAGCGGGUCGAACGAGCACUUGGUUUGUCCUUUUGAAAUCUGCGAACUAUUACGACGGGAACGGCCUGCAAGUAUUGAUGCACCGGGGCAUGGUUUACCGUGUGGGAGUGUGCUAUGGCGGAAAAGAAAAAGGUAGUCAAACGUUCGCGUUCUGGGCAUGGUUUGUUUGAGCAUUUGAGCAAUUAGUUUUUUGUCGCCAACACCAACAUCAGUUAUCAUGUCGACCCGCAACUGCGACGCUCUUUUUGUUCAACAUGAUCGAGAUGAUUGACCAGAGGCGGCCCCGAGGCCAAAGAGAAAGGAAGGGCUGCGAUGGAUAUGCCAGGGGCUUUUGGGCAUGACAUUGAUCUUCAUUGGAAGGAGAAGCAAGUAUUGCAUGGCAUAGCACACUAAGCAGACAAGGAGCAUCGGCCAGAAUAGGCCAGCGGAGAAGUCACUCACUCAUUAGCGUGAUAGCACAGCUUGAAUCAAACAGUGGGUGCUGCAUACUGUAUUAGCAUUGUAUGAUCAUGACCAUGGAAAGAAAUGGACUUUUGGCCCAAAGCAGUGAGUGGUUAAGUUAAGGUAACUUGCAAAAGACACUGUGUGCAAACAAUCGGUACCAGAGCACCGAGACCAA